CAGUCAUUUUGUUAUUUCAAGAAUCAAUCCAUUCGAUUUCCGAUGUGGAAGGUUAUAAUUAUAAAUACAUUAUUUCGUACAUUCACUUCUCCGUAUCAGUGAUUGAAUGUUGUAAAGAAGAACUGAAAGAGGAGGGAUAAGUCACGGAAAUUUCCAAAGGAAAUUUCCAAAGGAAAUUUCCAAAGAUAGAGGAAAUUCAAUCUUAAAAUGAAAAGAUGCAUGUACACAAUAAUAUGUUGUUUUGAAAUUGUGAGCCAGAUGAACGAGAGACGAUAUAAUUUUGUUGUUAUUUUAUUUUAGCCAGCAAAAAUCGCUAUUCCUAUACAGGGAUCACUUUGUAGGACACCACCUCUCCUUAACAAAAAACAAAAGAGAAAAAAGUAUCCCCCUGAAAUCUUCCAUAAUCAAAAUUUUAAAUGGAAACUUAGAGGACAUCAAAUUUCAUCACGCCCCUCUAUCGAACAGCUGAUAAAGUAGCUGUCACCAAGGCGGGCCUGUUCUUACCCCAUUACCUCUCAUAGGGGACAUAGGUUUACCCCUUCUAUGCCCUCCCUCCUCCUUGGUUGAUCUUAAGGGACGUAAUAAUGUCAUUUCUUUCAUUGAAUCUGUCUUCGCUUUUGUAAUGAGUAUUGGCGCUCGUAAAAUUAGCGUAGCUAUCAGGAAUCAAUUGUAGGACAAAUUUGAUAAUAAAUCUUAUUGGUAGGGAGGCUGCCAAUGUUCUAGUUUCCAUUUCCAUACUCUACCUUUCUCUAUAUAUGGAUAUUCGUAUAUACAUUUUUAUUCCUUGUCUCCAAAUUUCGUCUUUAUUUCUUGCCCAUUUCUUCGCUAGAGAUUUGUCGUAAAAAAAAUCUUCUGCAAGCGGUCUUAUUAAAAUUUGAGAAAAUUAUCAAUAAUUUGCGUUAAGGUAUUUGCAAUAAAAAGAGAUUAAAAAUCAUUUAAAGAGAAUAAUAAUACUGAUCUUCAUGAACAAAUGAAAUGCUGAAAUGUAAUGCACUCCAUAAUUGGAUAAAAGGAAAAUAUACGCAAUUUUGCUGGGUAAGAUAUCUGAUCUGUGUAAAAUCUGUCCAAUGCACAGUUAAGAUUACAUGCAUACAUGUAUUUAAAUCUGCAACAAAAAAUGACAUAUUCACUUUACUUAAUAUUAGGAGAAAUAAUUACUUUUUCCCCGAAUAUUAACCGAUUCCCGUGUCAUUUUUAUUUUGUCUCUGGUGGCAGGAGUUGGUUGGGCAGUUCUGGUCAUCGCAUGGUACGUGGGCUUCUCCUACAACGUGGUGAUUGCUUGGUCCUUCUACUACCUCUUCGCUAGCUUCACCGGUGAGCUUCCGUGGACGUACUGUAACAAAGACUGGAACACGCCCUAUUGUUUCGACGAUUCCAUGAAUGCAUCGUAUGUGGAGAUUGACGGCGCCACGGUGUGGCUUAAUGCCUCCACCGGUACCACACCAGCAAAAGAAUACUUUGAUCUUGAAAUGCUCCGGAGGGAUAGGAGUAGUGGUUUAUUUGAUCUAGCUGGUAUGUCAUGGCCACUGCCUCUCUGCCUCAUUCUCGUCUUCAUUACCCUCUAUUUCUCCAUAUGGAAAGGAGUUAAGACUUCUGGAAAGGUUGUAUGGGUGACGGCUACGCUCCCGUACUUUGUUCUUACUAUUCUGCUCAUCCGUGGUGUCACCCUCCCCGGGUCUGGGGAUGGCAUUAGGUAUUAUCUCUACCCCGAUUUUAAUCUCCUCGCCCAACCCACGGUAUGGAUCGAUGCUGCGGUGCAGAUCUUUUAUUCAAUUGGAGCUGGUUUCGGUGUACAUAUUGCUUUUGCCAGUUACAACAAAUUCCAUGGUAAUGUCUACAGAGAUGCUAUUUUUACGAGUACUAUCAACUGCUUCACGAGUUUCUUUUCCGGAUUUGCUGUCUUUUCGAUUCUCGGUUAUCUGUCUUUCAAAACCGGUAAACACAUAUCAGAAGUAGCAACGGAAGGUCCUGGGCUGGUGUUUACAGUUUACCCAGAAGCCAUUGCGACGAUACCCGGUGCGCCAUUUUGGUCUAUUAUCUUUUAUAUCAUGCUAAUCGCACUUGGGCUUGAUAGUUCCUUCGGUGGGACGGAAGCCAUCAUCACCGGUUUGAUAGACCAGUUCCCAAAAUUCUUUAAGAACAGGAGAGAGUACCUGGUACUAGCUGUUGUCGUAUCGUUCUUCUUCUUUACUCUCUUCAAUGUCACGUACGGUGGCAUAUACAUCUUCCAUUUGGAGAACGAGUACGCAGCGUCGACAUCGCUUCUCUUCGUGGUCGCAAUACAGGUUUUUGCGGUAGCCUGGUUUUAUGGGGUUCGGCGGUUCUCUGAGGAUAUCCAAGAAAUGAUUGGGUCCUUACCCAGCAUUGUCUGGAGGAUCUGCUGGAAAUUCAUCUCACCAACCUUUGUAUUCGUGAUGUUUAUAGUGAGCAUGGUGUUAUCGGAACCUCUAACUUACGAAGAAUAUGUUUACCCUCAGUGGGGUAAUGUAUUAGCAUGGUUAUUCGCAUCAUCAUCGAUGGUGAUAGUCCCCCUAGGUGUCAUCUGGCAGCUGAUAGUGGCCCCAGGAUCAGGCUUUAAAGAGAAAUUCGCCUACGCUAUCACACCACGUGCAGAACAUGACCUGAUUAGAGAGAAGGGAGAAAUAACUAGAUUUAAGGCUAAACAUUGGCUGUCUCUAUAGGCUCGGAAGUGAUGAACAAUUCGCCCUUUCCGUCAGAACCAUUCGGUCCAUACCGUUUUGAGCGAGUCGACCCAUAUCAUAAACAACUCGGCGCAACAUUCGUCAAGCGAGUCUGCAACAAACCUACAAUGAACUGGCCCUGCUCUGCAGCUAAAUAACUUCGGAUGGAUAUAUCUUCCAUGAGAAUCGUUGAGUUUCUUACGAUUGAAAGCAUUGAUAACUGCCUCAUAAUUAUGUUUACUGUUUCACAGAAGCUACUAAAAUAUUACUUCCAUAUUUUUAAGAAAACACAUGAACCUAAACAAGUGUUAAUCACACUUGGCAAUGUGUAGCUGAAAGGUAAACGUCCUCUUUUAUUUUUAGGUGAAGAUCUCCAGAUGCAUUCGAAACAAGCUUAUUCAACUGUGUGUAAACUUUUAUGUGCAUACAUUUUCAAAAGAAGUUCGCACGAAAAAGAAAUGAACAAUUACCAGUUCAAAGCUAUAGAUUAGGAAAGAGAGAUAUAAUGAGUGUUUGAUAUAUAUAAACAUGCAUAUGUAUCUUGUGUUAAAACUAAAAUGAUUUUAUCUUGUGGACACUUUCGCCGGAUUAGGCUAUACGAGUAUUAGCUUUCGAAUUAAUAUAAAAAGUGCAUUCUUGGAUAGCCUUUGCAAAUUACUUUUACUAUGCAUAAAUUCAUAGAUAGACGGCAGAUAUUUGAAACUUUCGGUUAGAAUUUUUUAAUUCUUCUCUCGAUAUACAAACAUAGCAUAGAGUAAUCGCAACAUGUAGUCUUAAUGUGUUUAGAAAACCGUUAAUUCACCUGCAUCUGUGAAGUGUUCGUAAUUUAUAUAUUUUUUAUUUUAUAAUUGUGAUGUCUUCUUUUUUAAUAGUAAACGCAAGAGCGAAAGACAGUAAGGAGGGGGGGGGGCAAAAGAAGGGGGAGAGAGAGGUGAUAGGAGAAAGGAAGAAAGAGAGAAGGGGAAAAGAGAGUGAGAGCGGGGGGGGGGGGGGGUAACCGAGAAAGAGGAUAGACAGAUAAAAAUAUUUGUGAGCGAUUUGCUGCAUUUAUGUUUUCCACCACAAAUUACUUGUUUGUUGAUAGAUGUACAUUUUAUUCAAAGUUAAUAGUUAGGAAUCCAUGGUUUUGUUCUAUGAAGCUUGCACUAUACGGUACGUCUGAUGGUAUUCUUUUGCAAUUGAAUUUCAUAUUUAUAUUCUUAUUUUGAUAUUAUACUGCAUUUUGGGACAUUUUAACAAUUCCCUAUCACGGGAUGACUAGCACAAACUAGCAAAGUACUUUUGGACUGUUUCACACUAUAUCGGUAUAGAAGUGCUAUCAAUCACCAGUGGAGAUCUGUACAGUGUCAUUCGCGCGCUAUCACCACUUACAAUAGCAUUGGAUCGAUCAUAACUGUGAUCAUGACUGUGUGGAGGUGCCGUGGCCGAGUGGUCUAAGGCGCCUGGCUAUACAUGAAAAGUCCGGGGUUCGAUUCCCGGCCGCGGCACCUAUGCCUGUGAGCAAGGCAUUUAAUGUGCAAUGCUCUUUUAUCCUGCUUUCAAAUGGAAAUGCUAUAGGCAUUAUUGGUAACUUGGUGUUCACUUGUUUAACAAAAAAUCAAUAAUAUACACUCCAGACAUUGUCGAUAAUCAAUCACCAUGUGAAUGAAGACGUAAGAUCUAACAGCACUUGUGAUUGGUAGCAUCAUUCAUCUUCACUGGGGAAAGAUAACAUCUAAAGCCCGCCGCAUACUUCACGAUCUGACUACGACGAGAUUUUUUAAUGAAAAAAAUCGCAUAAAUUUGAAAGUCCCUAAGAAAGAAAAUCAUUUUAUUUGAACUUCGGCAUGAUGCUAGGAUUCGAGUCGCAGCCGAUGGGAGCCGAUGCUGACAUAAUUCCUAGGCCCUAUAUAGUUGGAAUGUUCAUAUCAAGUUAUUACAAUUUUUUGAAAAUCCGGAUUAUGGACAUGACGGAUCGUGUAUUGUGCACCGGGUAUUAAAAGGGUACGAUAUAUUUGAUGAUUUUUCUAUGAAAUGAUGUUGUAUCUGACAUUCCAUAAUGGAAAUCUUAGUUGGUUGUCACAUCCAGACGUUUUGCCAGGCUAUGUCAAUGUUCUGAGUGUAUGACCAGCCGUGUUUCUCAAGUUUUAGAAAUCAGUCAUUCAAUUCUUGAUAUAAAAAAAUGCGUUUUUGUUAAUAACGCCUGAUAUCAAGACUUCAAAUUAAUUCCAUGAAUAAUUACGAGAAAUAUUUUUGUCAACAAAGAUAAUUAUCUGUAUCAAGAAAUUUAACUAUCAAAACGGCCUGCCAUAAUCUACGUACGUCAACAUAAUUACGCUGACUAAAACGUUCAGGGGCCACUUCAUAAAGCUGUUCGUAAGUUAAGAGCGACUUUAAGAACGACUGGUAAUCCUUUCUUGUGGUAAAUGUUAAUUGGUGAUUAUUUAGCGCGUAAGAAAGGUUCACCAGUCGUUCUUAAAGUCACUCUUAACUUACAAACAGCUUUGUGACACACCCACCUGGUAUGGUCGCACCUUAAUAAUUAUGUAUUCAAACUGUCAUGUUUGUUUAUGGUAUUCAUGUUAGAUGUAUUCCAUGAAACUGUUCGUAUUGCUGUACCAAAACUUCAACGGAAAGAUACAAAUGUGAGCCUUAUUCCCCCUGACAUUAUUUAUACAUAUAUACUGAAUUAAUCUUGAUGUAAUAAAAACUAACAAACAUAUGGAGGUACAGUGGAUUAGUGGUUUAGGGCUCCUGAUUAGACACAUUCGGUCCCCGGCCACGGCGUAUAGGUCAUUGAGCAAGGCAUAUAAAUCCUAUAUUGAAAUUAUUGUAAAUUUGAUAGGUAUUAAUGUGAGAAUAAAAAAAAUGUAGGCCCACUCAU